AUGGAUCCAAAGGCAAUCCCAGAAGUGGUGCUAAACUCAGGCCACAAGAUGCCCAUUCUGGGUUUUGGCACAGGAACUGUGCCCUUACCACCAGCCCAUGAGCUCAUCCCUGCAUUCAUUGAAGCCAUCAAAUCUGGCUACAGGCAUUUUGACACAGCAGCCUAUUAUGGUUCUGAGGAACCUCUUGGCCAAGCAAUAGCACAUGCCCUUGAGCAAGGCCUUAUUAAAAGCCGUAGUGAGAUUUUUGUCACCACCAAACUUUGGUGCACUGAUGCUCAUCCUGGCCUUGUGCUUCCAGCUAUCAAGAGUUCCUUAGAGAGGUUGGGCCUGGAGUAUGUGGAUCUUUACCUAAUCCAUUUUCCAGUGAGAUUGAGACAAGGAGUUCCAAAAGGGACUAAGUAUGGCAAAGACGACAUUCUUCCUUUAGACAUCAAAGGGACAUGGGAAGAGAUGGAACAAUGCUCUAAAUUGGGCUUGGCCAAGUCCAUUGGUCUCAGCAAUUUUGGGCUCAAAAAGAUUUCUGAACUUCUACAAAAUGCAACUAUUCCUCCUGCUCUUGUCCAGGUAGAAAUGAACGCAGCAUGGCAACAAGAAAAUCUGAGAGAGUUCUGCAAAGAGAAAGGAAUUAAAGUGAGUGCAUGGUCCCCUCUUGGAGCUAAUGGAGCUGUGUGGGGUUCCCUUGCUGUUAUGGACAGUCCAAUUCUUAAGGACAUUGCAUCCUCUAAUGGCAAAAGUGUGGCACAGGUUGCAUUGAGAUGGAUCAUAGAGCAAGGUGCUACUCCAAUAGUGAAGAGCUUCAACAGUGUGAGGAUGAAAGAAAAUCUCAAACUGUUUGAUUGGGAGCUGAGUGAGGGUGAUUUGGACAAGGCUAAAGAAAUACCACAGUAUAGGGGUUUCAAAGGUGAACGUUUUGUCUCUGAAUUUGGACCUUACAAGACUCUUGAAGAUCUUUGGGAAUGAGUGGACAUCAAUUUUCAGGAAUACUGUUCCUCAUUCCUUAAACCACAAAUUAUUCGUAUCAGCUCUUUUAAAAUGAUUACUUUUUAAAAAAGCUGAUUUCGAAUAAUAAUUAUUAUAGGAAAGAGUUUGAAUUAUUAUGCUCUAAUAAACUUUCAAAUUUCUUUUGCAUUAUCAA